UUGCAGACUCUACUGCUUUCGUUCGAUCGCAGUUCUCCUGCAGUAGCUGGAACGCCAGGUAUUGCGGAACGAUUGUCGCUGGUGACGAGAAUCACAAGUGAGCUGAACACUGACCCAUAUGCAACCAUGAAUAUGGAUUGUUAUUGUGAUAUAUAUCAAUCGCAUGGAUUUUCACUGACCGAAUUAAAUGACAAUAACAAGCGUCCACAUUUAACGUUAAAUUUUGAGCACGUGUUGCGGAUAACAUCCGAUAAAAAGCCUGAAAAUGCAUAUCAGAAAACAGUUCGAUUUGAUCGAAGUAUUGAUGGACAACCGCAAAAGCUGUAUACAGGUGGUGCAGAUGGAUGCAUACAUGGAAAGUUAUGCAUCAGUGUAGGCCACGAUGCAGCUGCUCAUAUUUGGGAUACAUCCAACGGGAAACAGCUUCUCAGCCUGAAUGUUCCAAACGAAAUUGGCGGUGGAUUUCGUGUUCGAUCGGUUCGUUUUACAGUGCUUGGAUCAACGAAUACAAUAUUUCUGGCAACUUAUAAUCAGAUUCGUCGUACACCUAAAUCUGUAUCACACAUUGCUCUGUGGGCAUACAAUCGAGAACGUGGCAUUUGUCGGCCAAUACUUGUUCGACAAGCAUGUAACGAACAGCAGCAGUUUCAUAUUCCUACUUUUCCAGGCAUCGAAUUUCUUCCUCAAAAAACAUACGAUUUUGCUCCGUUGUCUGCCGAAAGUGAACGACAACGAUGCUCCUAUCCGGGUGUGGCGUCCGAGUAUCGUGCAGCAGUGGUAUCGCUCAGUGCCGAUCAAACAGUUCAACUUCAUGCUGUUCCAUUCACGCAAUCCACUUCAUUCACUUCCUUUCUGCUUAGGUUAUCGAUUAUUGCGUUUGUUUUUUACUAUAUCAUA